AUGAAAUUCUUCACUGUUCUGCAGCUGGUCAGCGUAGUUUCCACCCCACUCGCCAUUCUCUGCCCAAUUCACUGCUAUAGCCAGCCCAGGAUGAACCAUGUCUCCAAUGAGGACUUUUCUAAGGAGACUUUCAUCUCCAGAGAAGAGCUGGUUUCCAAAGAGGUUGUGAUAAAAUCUACCAGACAAAAAAGUCAAACACCUGAGCUGCUUCACCCUGUGCCACAAGAGGACAGUUUCAGAAAUGCUGAGCUUCAAUUAGAAGAGACUAUAGAACUCACUCCCAGGGCUGCAACCACCUCAGAGGGAAAACUGGCCAAACUCAGCCGUAAAAUUGGGAAGAAUCUGGACAAAGCAAUGAAAGAACUAUCUGGAAAGCCUAUGGUGCCAAUGAUGUCGUGA